AUGGGUCGAACAGGCUUAUACCAUGGGAAGCGCACGUACUCCAUUUUCUCCCAGUUUUCGAGACUCUCUCUAUUGCCUCGGAGCUCGUCACCGAAAGAGGAGGAGGAGAACGCCAUGGAACGGCUUCUGCAGCCAUCGUCUUCUUCCACGAUCUCUCCUUCCAAAUUCCCAUCGAAGACUUCUCCUUUCCUUCCUCGUCUCCGCUCAUCGAGCCUGGUCUUUGUCUCCUCGCUCCGACCCGAGUCACGCCGAGUGAGUUCAAUAUCCUGCAACUAUUCCCAGAACCCAUCUGCUUAUACCCCUAUAGGAUCUGAUAAGACUAACAAUUCCUUCAAUGGGUCUCCCAAAGCGGAAGAAUCGAAACCCAAUCCCGGAUUUCUCCAACGGAUCGUGAGCACCGCUUCUGAGCAGCCAAAGACAUUAUCUACUGGAACUGUCAUACUAAUCUCUGCAGUAGCAGCGCUUUUACUUAACCCGCUUCUUGCACCACCUGCUUUCGCUAGCUUUCAAACGGCAGCUAAAUCCGGUUGGCUAACAAGUGCCUGGACCGGUUUCCUUGCUGGUUGCCUACACACGCUAUCAGGACCCGAUCACCUCGCUGCGUUAGCUCCGCUUUCAAUCGGACGCACCAGAAUGGAGAGCGCUGCAGUUGGAGCUCUCUGGGGAUGUGGACACGACGCUGGUCAAGUCAUCUUCGGUUUACUGUUUCUGCUACUUAAAGACAGGCUCCACAUUGAAGUAUUACAAACUUGGGGUACAAGAGUCGUGGGAUUGACACUCGUCAUCAUCGGUGCUAUGGGAAUCAAGGAAGCUUCCGAAGCCCCGGAGCCUUGCGUGGCCUUAGAAACAGACAUCAGCAUGGUACCGGCGGAGAAAGAAGCCUUAACGCCGCCGAAAAAGAAGAAAAUCGGGUUUGCUACGUUUGCAACUGGAGUGGUUCACGGGUUACAACCGGAUGCUCUGAUGAUUGUUCUGCCUGCGUUGGCUCUGCCGUCUCGGUUAGCCGGGUCGGCGUUUCUGAUCAUGUUUCUGGUUGGGACGGUUAUCGCAAUGGGAAGCUACACAGCGUUUAUUGGGUCUUGUAGUGAGGCAUUGAAAGAGAAGGUUCCAAGGAUCACAGAGAAACUGACUUGGGUUUCGUCUCUUGUGGCAAUUGGUCUUGGUUUGGGAAUUGUCAUCAGCCCUUUCUUUGGUUUUAGCCUCUACUGAGAAAGUAAAGCUUCUUCAGGUAAAAUGAGACGAGUUGAAAUAUUUGUAGCUCUAUUAGAAGAAAAAGAGUUUUUUUUUUUUUUUGGUCCAUUCAAUUUACAAUCAGAAUCUCGUAGUCUUGCUUUUGAAACUCCUCUCGGAGAAAACCAUUUCGUGAUUUUUUUACUUCGCCCUUUAUGUUUACGAAACGUUUGAUUUUGGUUUGUGUUAUUGAACAAGUGGAUGUAGCCAUAUUUUUUCUUAAUUAUGAAUGUAUUAUUUUUUUUUCUUAUUAUGAAGUGUUACAUUUUAAUAAAUGAUUAUCUUUUCGUAUUUUCAUCGUGAA